AUGGAGGGCGCCUUCACGCACCUCGGAAACCACCUCAUCUCCGACUCUGCGGCGGCGAUCAAUGCCGGCGCCGAUGACCUCUCAAAUAUCGACCCCGACGAGAGCCUUCUCUACGGCCAAUAUGGCGGGCGCGGCGGCCUGGGCCCCAGCAGACGGCGGAAUGAUGAUGACGACAAUGAGACCGAAGUCUUCGACGACGAUGACGCGGAGAGCCUAGCAAGUAUGCCAGUAGAGGGCAUGAAGUCGCUAGGACUGCGAGGGGUGGAGGAUGAGAAGGAACUCCCAGCCCAUGCCUGCGCAUACUGUGGGAUCCACUCCCCAAGCUGCGUCGUCAAAUGCCUGGGCUGUAGCAAAUGGUUCUGCAGCGCUCGAGGCAACGCAACAUCUUCCCAUAUCGUCAACCAUUUGGUCCGCGCCAGGCACAAGGAAGUCCAACUGCAUCCCCAGUCCACCCUCGGAGAUACUGUCCUCGAAUGUUACAACUGUGGCACCAAGAAUGUCUUCCUCCUCGGUUUCAUCCCGGCGAAGUCAGACACGGUGGUGGUACUCCUAUGCCGACAACCAUGCGCCUCUACUCCAUCAUCCAAAGACAUGAGCUGGGAUAUUUCUCGGUGGCAGCCCCUUAUCGAGGACCGCUCGUUUCUACCCUGGCUGGUGUCUGUGCCUACCGAUGCUGAACAGCUCCGUGCAAGACACUUAACCCCACCCAUGAUUGCGAAGCUGGAGGAGAUGUGGAAAGAUAAUGCCAGUGCUACAAUUGCCGAUCUGGAGAAAGCCGCCGGCAUCGAUGACGAUCCGGCUCCUGUGCUGUUGAAAUAUGACGAUGCCUACCAGUACCAGAACGUUUUCGGACCCCUCGUCAAGAUUGAGGCAGACUAUGACCGCAAGCUCAAGGAAGCGCAGUCAGAGGAUGGUUUGGUUAUUCGCUGGGACUACGGCUUAAACAAUAAGCAUCUUGCAAGCUUCGUCCUCCCCAAAAUUGAACUGGGAGAUGUCAAACUUGCAGUGGGUGAUGAAAUGCGUCUCAAAUACAAAGGCGAACUACGACCAGUCUGGGAGGGUGUUGGAUAUGUUAUCAAGAUUCCGAACAACCAGUCAGAUGAAGUCACCAUCGAGCUCCGUAAAGUUGGAAACGAUAAGUCGGUCCCGACGGAGUGCACUCACAACUUUUCAGCCGACUAUGUCUGGAAAGCUACCUCAUACGAUCGCAUGCAAUUCGCAAUGAAGACUUUUGCUGUUGACGAGAUGAGCGUUUCCGGUUACAUUUUCCAUAAGCUUCUCGGACACGAAGUUGCCGCGGCUCCAAUGAAGAUACAGAUGCCCAAGAAAUUUAGCGUGCCGGGCCUCCCUGAAUUGAACAGCAGUCAGAUCAAUGCCGUCAAGAGUGUUUUGCAAAAGCCUCUUAGUCUUAUUCAAGGCCCACCUGGCACCGGGAAAACGGUUACAUCCGCGACCAUCAUCUACCACCUGGCUAAAGUUAAUGGUGGCCAAGUGCUUGUCUGUGCACCCUCCAACGUCGCUGUUGAUCAGCUCUGUGAGCGCAUUCAUCGCACUGGUCUGAAGGUUGUUCGUCUCACUGCCAAGUCCCGCGAGGAUGUCGAGUCCUCAGUUGGGUUUUUGUCGCUACACGAGCAGGUUCGCAUGAAUGAUAGUAAUCUCGAAUUGACGAAGCUCUCACAGCUCAAGGGCGAACUCGGCGAAUUAUCCAGUCAGGAUGAGAAGAAAUUCAAGACAUUGACAAGAGCGGCCGAGCGUGAGAUCCUCAGCAAUGCUGAUGUCAUUUGCUGUACUUGCGUUGGUGCUGGCGAUCCAAGGCUAGCCAAGAUGAAGUUCAGAACUGUGCUCAUUGACGAAUCGACCCAGUCCGCUGAACCUGAGUGCAUGAUUCCAUUAGUCCUAGGCUGCAAGCAGGUUGUACUGGUUGGCGAUCAUCAACAACUAGGCCCUGUCAUCAUGAACAAAAAGGCCGCCAAGGCUGGCCUCAAUCAAUCGCUCUUCGAGCGCCUUGUAUCCUUGGGUCUUGCUCCCAUCCGACUCAAUGUCCAAUAUCGCAUGCAUCCCUGCCUAUCCGAAUUUCCAUCGAACAUGUUCUACGAAGGCUCUCUUCAAAAUGGUGUUACAAUGCAGCAGAGACUCCGUCGUGACGUUGACUUCCCCUGGCCUGUCGGAGAUACGCCUAUGAUGUUUUGGUCUAAUCUUGGGAAUGAGGAGAUAUCGGCUUCGGGAACCUCCUAUUUAAAUCGCACCGAAGCUUCGAACGUCGAGAAGAUCGUCACACGAUUUUUCAAGGCAGGUGUCCAGCCACAAGAUAUUGGUGUAAUCACCCCUUAUGAGGGCCAGCGAAGCUUUGUUGUGAGCUCUAUGCAAAACAGCGGCACCUUCAAGAAGGAAAACUACAAGGACAUUGAAGUUGCUUCCGUCGAUGCAUUCCAGGGCCGUGAGAAGGACUUCAUCGUGCUGUCUUGCGUUCGAUCCAACGACCACCAAGGUAUCGGUUUCUUGAGUGAUCCCAGGCGUCUUAACGUGGCCCUAACUCGCGCCAAGUACGGGCUUGUUAUCCUUGGCAACCCUAAGGUCCUCUCCAAACAUCCUCUCUGGCACUAUUUGCUGGUUCAUUUCAAGGAGCGCAACUGUCUUGUUGAAGGACCCCUCUCCAACCUACAGACCUCCCUUCUCCAAUUCAGUCGUCCCAAGACCACUUAUCGUGGGCCCCAACGCUACCAAAUGGCACAUUCCUCUUUCAAUGGGCGCUCUGGUACUAAUGGCAAGACCAAUCAAGACUAUGAUGCAGGCUCACUGAUCAGUUACAUUCCUGACGAUGUCUCAUCGGUACACUCAUCCGCGCUUGGAGCUGUAGGCGUUGGCUCCGCAUACCCGCAAAUGUUUUCUCACUUCAAUUCUGAUUCUUGGCCUGGCCUUGACCGUACUCGUGCCAAUGGCCAGAAGGCUAGGGGUCGCGGGGCAGAGAGCAUUGCCGGGGAAUCGAUCGCAGCUAGCGAGCUCACAGAUACAACCAGCAGUGUCAUCGAUGGCAAGGGCAUUGGCCAGGGUGGAGUGAGCCUAGGUGCGGGAUUGGGCGAGACACAGAAGCAGACCAGCUUGAAUCAGUCAGAUCGUCUGAAGCGUUACGUUGAGUCUGGUGGACGGGUGGCGGACUACAAAAGUGGCGAUGCCGGUAGCGUCUUUGGCGGUAGCUCGUUGCUGAGCGGGAGACGUUUGGAUGACGAUGAAAAGAGUGUUUCGACUGCGUUUGCAAGCCAAAUCGGCGGGGGCUAUGACUGA